AUGUCCAGGAGUGAUGUAGGAGCAAAAUCGUCGGGGAUGGACCGCCGUCCGACGUCGCCACUCCUUUCCGAAGCCGGCAUCGGACUCAGAAACGCAGCGGAGACCUAUCUUCAUUUCCGAAGCCACUCUCAUUCUCGUAAUGGAUCUGUAUCCGACGCGACACCCACGCCGUCUGCCUCUGCCAUCCGUCGCGCUCAACAACUCGUCACGGGCGAUGCAAGCUCGACGACGGGCGGAUCGUCUGUAUCGGGAACUGGGAGCAAACUCAGCUCUCUGCUGCAUACUUUGCAGCCCAGCUCGAGAUUAGGCAGCACGUCUCAUCUCGUCCAACCGCCAGCACGUUCGCAUUCAAGGUCGGAUUCGGGAUUAGCAGGCACUGGAAGUGGCACAGCAAGUCCUCUUCCAGGUCACGCUAAACUAUUGGCAAGCGGCUCUGGCUCGAGCGUGCGCGGACCGUAUGGAACUUCUGGCCACCUCUCACCAUAUGGCACCAAUCCUACUCUCGUAUCUGCAUCAGGUAGUGCUGGAACGUCAAUGAGUGGAAGCAACGCAACGCUCGUAGCCAUGACCCCGUCAUCAUUAGGCACUGGUGACAAAGACAAUCCAUGGGGGGCUCUUCACGUCCACGUCCUUCCCUUGUUCAACCGCGACCCUCUUCGAGUUCCCAUCGAAGAUCUCAACGCGCUCGUUCGGAAACACCUGAUCUCGGUCAUCUCCCGUAAUCCAAGCAGAGCGAUAGUACAGCUCGAAGCGGAUGUAUCUGAGCUCAUUACAGCCGGAAUGCUCACACUCAACUCGAAAUUGGCCGCUGGAGUGGACGAAGAAAAGCUUGCAGGGAGAAUCGUCGAUCUGUGGGGAUUCUUCUGGGAUCAGGUUCUGCCAUACGUUGAAGGAGUAUUCCUGCCAUUGCAAACAGACCCUUAUCUCGUUUCACUCGCUCGAGCACCAAAGUCAAACCGACCACCAUCUCCCACUUCAUCCUCUAUAGGAUUCGACGGAGCUUCCGUCAUCACAUCCAGUAGUGCUGGACUCGGCGGCAGCGUCGUCAACGCGGGGAGCACGGUUGGAGGCUUGACGGGUUCUCCAAGUAUCGACGUCCGCAAGUUGGCACUCCGUGCGUUCCGCGACUCCGUUGUCCUCCCAGUUGCGGCCAAACUUCAAAAGCGUUUCUCCGCACCAAGUAAAGACAACAACCUCAACUCGGAACUGGCGGAGCAUCACCGUCCGAGAUUAGAGCAAAUGCUCCUCGUCUUAUCGUCCAUUGCCACCCACAACGUCUCUCUGGCUUCUACAAACCCAGCGCUUCUCGCUCAAUUGGCCACGCCAGGGGAACAUGCAAUCACGAUCCUGCUUCGACUUGUUUUAUACCCACCAGGAACGAAACCUCAUCAAGUCGGGUCAACGGCGCCAGGGCCCGGACGUCUUCCCAGCUUCUUGAGUGGAGGAGCGCCUCGCGACCGUCGAGGCAGACUCGCUCGCAAGAGCAUGAUUGGCGCGUCAAAUAACGCCGAUGCCUCAGGAAGUCUUAUGGAAAACGACGACGAACUCGGACUAUCAGCUCGAACUCUUGGGGUCGGUAGUUCAACUCUGACGGCCGGCAACGCGAUGUACGAUGAACGUGAACGAGAAGGUCGAGAACUUCUCAACUCGCUACGGAGCCCGACGAUCGAUACAGAGACGAGCGGUUCGCGACCGCAGUCACGCGCGAGGGACGGAUACGAUGAAGAAGACGACGACGCAGGUAUCAGUGCGGAAGGUGGUACGGUCAUGCAGCACGAAACAAAUCCGCUCGAGUCGCUGGGUACAGGACCCGGUGGGUGGGGAUCCGUCGGGGGAGAUAUUCCGGGUCCGGGAGAUUCUCGAGGUGAAGGUGCACGAGGAGGGAAUCCAAGUCGCCGUGCUGCCAUCUAUGAUGAUGUUUCGAGACUUCGAGCGGAUAGUGGCGGUACUGAUGGGUACGACGAAGGCGAGAGUGGGACGUAUCUCCCCGCGGGUAUUGCUGCUGCACUCGCUGCUAGUACUGGUUCUGGGCUGUCGACUCGGAGACCAUCCAGAGUCGAUACAGAGGAACGCGAAGAGAAAGCUCCACAAGCUGAAAGGCGACCGAGGAUCUAA